CUAAUUCCACUUGCUGCUGAGCCCGCCCGUUUCGAUAUACCCCAGGUUCAGGUCGAUUGAGUUCGCAAGUUGUUUCUGGAUGUCGCCUCACGCCAUGCCCAUGGCCCAAACAAUGCCGGGUAUUCCUGCUGGCUCGGCUGGCGUAGAUCCCGCUUACUGGACCCACGAGCUGUCGAACGGCUCUUUGUCCCCACGGACAUUGCAACCCUCACCAGGACGUUACUCAUCAGCCCGUGACAGCACACCGAGUAUUACGCCUACUGCGCAGACACCACAGUCAGAUAGCAGCCGAAAGAAUUCAUCUGUAGAGAACGGACAGCAGAAUGGUCAGAAAAGCAAGCAGACUAGCGCAGACGCCAAUCAAAGAGCGUCCGUCGCCGUCGCGUGUGUCCCGUGCCGCAGCAGGCAUCUGAAAUGCGAUGGUGGUGUUCGUUGUUCAAGAUGUCGAGCAGAUGACGUCGAUUGUACUUACAUCAAGUCACGGCGUGGUUGGAAGGGCAAGAGAAAGAACAAGCCAGAGGAUCAGAUCUCGCCGGUUGCCAUCAACGGCACCCAAGCACCUCAGGUUCCCAUCAGCAAUGGCCACAUGGUCAGCAACGGCACCAUGGUCGCUGCCAAUGGCCAACUAUCAUCACCCAACUCCUAUUACAACGGUGAAGCACCCAUCAUGAACCAGCUCAGCCUAACGAACGGCCUUGGCGCCCAGUCCAUGCCUCCACCAGCCGCUCCUCAACAACUGAACCUCAAUGGAACACAAAGGGUGAAUAAAUUCGGCCACCUUGGUCCUGAGACCGCGAUACAAGCGUUCUACCACUACUUCUACAACUCACAUCCCUUCUGCUUACCGGAGCCGAGGUUAUUGGAGGUUUUCAACCAACGAAAGGCCCCGUUACUCGAGUAUGCAGUACAGUACCUUGGUUCAAGUUACCUUCCUGCAAUCUCCACGGACAUGUAUAAGGAGGCCUUGAACCGACAUAUCAACAGCGGUAACUACGCGAGAGAUGGAUGGUCGGUACAGGCAUUGUUGCUCUAUGCCAUUGGUCUUCACGCCAACAACGAAGUACCGCGAGCAGCCCAGAUUUUCGCCAUUGCACAAGAUCUGGCGCUCGAGGUUGGCCUCAACCGCAUGGAGUAUGCUUUGAUUCACGGAGAGUCAAAUCCACAACUUGAAGAGAGCUGGAGGAGAACAUGGUGGGGAAUGUACACCGCGAACGGCAUGCUGUGCGCUGUCAACCCGGGUGUGCAAUUCAAGCUAAAGGACAUCCUAACAGACGUCCCACUACCAUGCGAGAACGACCAAUACUUUUCAGGCCAUAUUCCCUACCCCGCCUCACUUCAAGACUAUGAUGACUCCGCCUUCAUGCCUGCCCUCCCGGUCUACUCUUCCUACACCUAUUUAAUCGACGCUAUCCGCAUCCUGGGCAAGGUCUUUGAAUGCGCCCGCCUCGACUCAACGUUCGAAUACCACGCCGUCGACGUCGUUGACCAGUACUUGACAAACUGGCGCCUGCAUCUUCCUGUCAACAAACUUGACAUCGUCAACAAUGACGGUGUGGUCGACGAAGUGCUGUUCCAAGCACAUAUGGUCAACGCCGGCAGUACAAUCAUGCUGCACCGCCCGAGGAGUAACCUGGGCUUUGGAAGAGUGGAAGGCGUGAAUAUCUGUGUCCAGCCGGGACAGGUUCUGCUGCCGACGCAGACUCGCGAGAUCCACACCGCCAAAUGCCUCACCUCCGCUGAAAACAUCUCCUCCCUCAUCCGUCUCCCCGGCCAACUCCUACACCAUACGCCCUUCUUCACGUGCGUCGUGGUCAUGGCAUCCGUCGUGCACCUUUCAUACUGGUCCUUCCUAGUCCCCGACGGGCAGGAUGACAUCGUCAAGCAGUCGAUCCGUCUCGACGUGGGCACGCUGCAGCAGUACAGCAACACCUGGCCAAUCGCAAGCGCAGUGCUGGGCCAGGUGAGAGGCGUGGCGUAUACGCUGUUCAACAGCAAGAAGGCGAUGAGCAUUCAUCUGUGGAGCAACAUCGCCCAGGGCGAUGUUAUCAGGGAUGUUAUUGACGAGGGUGGCAGUGUGCCACCGCAGAAUUAUGCGCAGUUGAUUGCUCCGAUGUUGAAAUCGUAGAAACCUUGCGAUGCUACCAAAUCUUGCGCUGCGCUUGUGGCGCCCUAAACUCGCAACGCGCUCACGACUACCGUUGUUCCCUUCGCUCAGUUGCAUCUGCGCUCUUAGCAUGCACUACCACUAUACCACUCGGACGUUUUUUGGUCUUUCUAGCCAGUUGGCGAAACAAAAUGUUGCAAACGAAUAUACACUUGAUGACGUGAACGAAUGUAGAUGUUUGGUAAUGAGGUAUGAUCAGUCGUUUGGCAGAUGUAUUUGCCUUGAUAGAAGUAGAAAAUAUAGUUUAUCG